CCUCAAUAUCCUCCAGAUGAGACGAGAUAUGGACAUAAUUUACCUCGUCUCGCCCGACAAAUAGAAUCGUCCAGACCUUCUUCUGCAGAUGGACUUGACCCGAAAAGGGCCAGAAUCAAUGGUGCCAGAAAACCGCUUCUCAGGAAACAAAACAAAAGUCACUGUACUUUACACCGUACUUCUGUUCUGUGCCUUCUCCACAUCCUUCCCUCCCUCCUUUUUAGAUUUUUUUUUUUUUCUAAAACCCUACUUUUUAUUCCCCCUCCUCCAUUACUCCAUACGGAUCUUGGGAUCGUAAAAACUAGGUUGGCUGUAUGUAUGUAUAGAUAGGCAUGUGGAGCGCCGUCCCGGCUGGACGAUCGGCCACCCCGACCCAGCAGGGAAUGCUGGCCACUGUUGCCCUGUUUGGUGGAGUUUAGAAUAAGCUUAGCCCUCUGCGUCGGGGGUAGCGAUCAGAGAGGAGGGGAAGGGGAAAAAAGGGGGGGUUUCUCCAGAUCGACGGUGGAUGGUCGGGAGAAUUAACAACGAUCAGACUGAUGGCACGGAUAGAGACACGUCCACCCAGGGUUCAUCUCCCAGGGCACCAGGGGAGGAGAGGGGAAGAAGGAGCAAAAGAGGGCCAGCGAACAGGCCAUUUACGGAGUACACGCCAUGGCCAAUCGACGUGGACCAGCAGCAAUCAACACCAGACCAAAAGAAAUCAAAAAUACCAAACGAACAAAAAAAAAAAGAAGAAGAAUCGAAAAAGCAAAGCACGGGGGACCCGAAAAGGGGCAGGCAAGCGAUCGUUGCUCCUUGCGUCGAGGAAUGCAUGACAGAUGCCGGGCGGUGGAGGACACAGCUGAGGCUGAUCGGGUCGGGGCGAAAGGAUGGGGGAGGAGGAAAGCCAUGGCGGUCCCUCAGUGCUGGUAAGCAUCAUAAUUUUUGGAAUCCAUAAUUAUUAGAAACAUUAUCGGCAAUAAUUAGCUGGCCGGCAGGGCACACAAUUGGCAGCUGGGGGAGAUUAUUCUUAGCUGAGCAGCCCGCGACCGACCGACGUACGGAGAAUUACUUGGGUAUAGCUCGACGGGGAGAUCCACCAAUGGAACAUUCUACGUCCUGGGGAGGGGAAGAUGUCCUAGUAUGGUGUCCAAUGAAGGAGAUGAUAUGACUAGAGAAAGAUAACUACCAUCACUAAUCGAAAUAUCAUCAGGUUGGAUGAAAC